AAAAUUAACAGUCCCGGGAUAAAAUCCGUCCAGAAAGCCCUGGAACCAUUGAUUCCUGCUAAACACGGGGCCAUCUCCGACAAUCCGCGUUGCGGGGCCUCCCGACAGUCCGGACCAUAGGGGCUCGCAGAAGAAAUUGGUCGAUUUCUCCUUGUUCUACGGAAUUCGUUCUUCCUCUGGACUUCAUCCGGAAGGGCCAAUUUUCACUCUCUACGGAACUUUCCCGCUCCCGCUCGAAUAAUAACAAUAAACCCCUCAAAAAAUGAAAAAGAAUUAAAUAAAAAAUAUAAUAUCAAGUAUAUAUAAACCCUGUAAGAACCUCUGAUAAAACUUCCGCCGUCGUCACUAUGGCUGCGCCACCGCCACCGAUGCCGCCGGCCCUCGACUCCGACCCCUUCGCGUCCAUCUUCUCCCGCAACGGCUCCCGCCUCCCAGACGACACGGUGUUCUACGCCAUCUUCCCCGACGCCUCUCUCUCCUCCCCUGCCCCGGACCUCUCCCUCCGACUGCAGUCCCUCCGCCACGACAUCCUCGCCGCCGUCUCUCCCUUCACCUCCUCCUACAUCUGGCAGCACGAGCCCUUCUCCCUCUCCAUCUCCUCCUCCUCAUCCACCGCCGCCGAGCCCCUCCACCUCCACGGCAAGCUCCGCUACGGCGACAACCUCGAGGACGAGUGGUUCGUCGUCUUCCUCCUCUUCCACAUCACGCGGAAGUUCCCCGACCUCUCCGCACGUGUGUGGGACACAGACGGCGAGUUCCUCCUGAUCGAGGCCGCCUUCCACCUCCCCAGGUGGCUGAACCCCAGCACGAGCCUCAAUCGGGUCUUCAUCCGCCGGGGCGAUCUCCACAUCGUUCCCAAGACUAAGAUUCCCUCUCCUUCAAUCACUGAUUCCCUGAAGUUCCUGAUAGCGAACGAGAAUGAAUCUCGUGCCGCCGACCCGGUUCAGGCCGCAAUCAAGAGCCGAAUCUCCGACUAUCCCGACCGGGCGAGAAGGAACAUGCACAGAGCUAGGGUUAGGGUUCCGCCGCCGGUUGCCCAGGUCCUGAGGCAAGAGCCAUGCUUGAUUUCGGUAGCCGUGGAAGGAUUCUAUGACAGGGACAUUGACUCAAUGAAGCUCGCAUCGAAAAUGGAGAAAUUUCUUCCCAGAGGAAGAGAGGAAGAGCUUGUACCUGUUUCAGUGACUAUGUCCAGGGCAAUGUACGCGCAAUUAGUCCAGCAGACAUUCCAGGCUCCUAAGUGCUAUCCAAUGCCUAGCAGGAGCGAUAUUAAGGCAUAUCAAGAGGCCGAGCUUGGGAUGAAGAUAUCGUGCGGACUGGAGAUGGCAUACCAGUUGAGGAGGAGGGAAGGGGCAGAAGGGAGAGGCAGUGCGUGGGAGGAGUAUAAGGAGAGCCUGGAGAGCAUCGGCUACUUUGACGGGUUGCUUCCAGGGUCAAAGGAGUACAGGAGGUUGAUGGAGAAGGCGGAGGAGUAUUACCGGAAUAGCUCUCUGUUCUUGAGGGCCUGCGAAACGAUGAGUGCACCAGUCAGGCGCAUAGAUGAAAUUUUCUCUUUGCCGUACUCGGCCGAUGAUUUUAGGACAGAGGAGGUUCCUCCUUCUGAUGAUGAUUCUUGGUUGUACAAUGGUGAGGAUGAGUUGAACUCCGCCCUCCGAGAGAGAGAGAAGGAGAUGGAGCUAUAUGAUGCUGAACUUAAGAGGAAACAGAAAUCGGAAGAGUCCCUUGAUACUGGGCCCUCUUUGAGAUCGAACAAUGAUGAUUAUGAUCUCGGCGAUAUAGCAAAGUCUAUGCAAGCAUUUGUCCAGAAGAUGUCGAGCUAUCAGGGAGCAGAAGUGCCUGAAAACAGGGACACCAAAGAAGUGGAACUCGAUGUGGAUCGAUUUAUGAGAGACAUGGAAUCCAUAAUGGGGCGCCAGGGAACUGAAGACACUCCUAGUGAUGGUGAGACUGGUGAAGGAUCCUCCUCGGACAUGGAUUUUGAUGAAUCUGAAGGGGAGGGAUAUGAUCAUGAAGGGGAGGGAGAUGAUUUCAUGGACUCCUACUCAGAAGCCCUGAGCAAGGAGCUGAAGUCCUCUAGUAUUAGUAAAAGCUUUGCUCGGGCGAAUGAACAACCUUCCAAGUCGAAUGAGCCGGGAGGAUCUAGUUCCAAGCAAGACAUGGACACGGAUGAGGACUUCACUCCGGUUGAUGUGGACGUGAAUCUGGUGAAGAGCUUGCUAGAUUCCUUCACUUCCCAGGAAGGGCUUCCAGGCCCCGCUUCGAACUUGCUCGGUUUGAUGGGGGUUCGUCUCCCAAAGGAUGGAGACAGCAGCAAGGGUAAAUGAGGGCACGUUCCUCUGGGAGUUCUUCAGUAUUCCGUUUGAAUUUUGAUAGGGCUCCGGAAAGUAGUGCGGAUAAGUUGCUGAAUGUGUUCUCUAUUUUCCAUGCUUAAGCAUAGCAUAGCGUAUGAAUCUAUUCCUGUAGAUUAACGUGCAAUUCCAUGAGGAGGUUGUAUAACGAUGUUAUGAGGCCACAAUAUGCAUUCAUUAAAGGGUUAAUAAGAAAAGCAUAACAUUUACAUUUUUUCUAAA